AGAAAAAAUUAAGCAGUUCAUCAAAGGACCAUGCCCAUUUUUGCCCCAGAAACGCCCAGAUAAAGUAAAUUACAAGAUUGAGGUAAUAAAUAAAAAUUUGAAUUAAAUUGUUAAUUUUAAGUCCUAAGAAGCACUGGAUAAAAAUAAAAAAAUACGACUUUUUGUUGACCACCGAUCGGGGCUUUUGACAGAAUAAUGUUUCAUUCAUGCUUUUUGCAUUUAUCACGGUCUGGAAUCAUGUCUUUUGGCCGGUUUAUUCACUCGUUGUGUUUUUACAAAUUAUUUUGAAUAAUGAUAAACUAGUAUUAUAGUGUUGCUGUUUUAUUUGUAUAUUAAUGAUACUAUCGGUAAGAUUAACUUCAUAAUAAGUAACCGCAUGUAAAUUAUCUUACUAGUAAAAAAUAUGAAACGUUAUUUUUUUUAACAUCUUUUAAGACUGGCAACACUGAUUCAUUCAUUCACUCUGCGUCUGCUGCUGUGUUUACGUUUACUCCGAUUGUGCUUUUCCGUUCAAUUUAAAAUCUACUUCGGCUACGUUUUAUGGAUAUUGAUAGUGUCGUUUUAUUCAGUGACUUCGGCUUUUCUUAUACGGACUUCGUUGUGUUUUGUGAUUUGGACUUUUCGUUUGUGACACAAAAUGUUGCGUUGCUUGAACUGUGGGUUACGCGUUCAACGCAUACAGAGGCAUGUUGUUACAACUUUUCCUCAAGAGUUGCUAAUUAUCUUGUCUAUUUGGCUGAGAAUUGAAUAUGUAAGUAUCAUUAUUAUAUACAUUCAGAAUCUGCAGGACGGUUAUACACGGUGUAGUUUUGAAACUACAAUAUAUCAGAAGAUUAUAAUAAAACUCAUAAAUAAUUAUGUAAAAAUACGAUACUUCGUCAAAAAUCAAUAAUACUUUAUAAUACUUGUUAUUUUAUUUUUCUAAUUUUAACUGAUUUUCAGAAUAACUAACAUAAUUACCUUCUGAAAUAUCGUGCAACUUCAAAACUAUACCUUGUAUAGAGUAUGCAUGCACGAUAACUUGAAACGUGACUGCGAGAAAAAUAUAUUACUUAAUACAGUCGAACUUCAACUCUUAUCGUGGACGUGUAAAAUAUUUUUUUUGUUUUCUUAGUUAAUCAUUUCUUAUGGUAUGUGAGACCUACUAACACCGACUGUUUUGUUUUCAGCUCCCUAUGGAAGUUGUAAUAUGUCAUGCAUGUUAUGUAUUCUUACAAAAUGCUGAUGUAAACACACCUAGAAUAUUAGGUCAUACUAAUAUCUGUGCUGGCUGUGGCUGUUCUUUGAAUGAAGCUAGACUUCAUUCUCUCGAAGAAAAUGGACCAUUAUAUGAUUUUUUUCCAUGGAUUAGAUCAGUACAGAAUGGAAGAGAUAGCUAUGCUGUUUGUCAUAAUUGCUGGCGGCGAGCUAGCCGACAAUUUGAACAAGAUUCUCAACGAGAAAUGGCUAUACCACAAUUGCCACCUGUACCUGCCCCUGCUCCAGCACCUGCCCCUGCUCCGGCACCUGCCCCUGUCCCGGCACCUGCACCUGCUUCUGCCUCUCAGCUGGGCCAGAGAUCAGUUGGAAUGGUCAAUUUACUUCAUUACAAGAGAGCUGCUAGUACAUCAAGACACUGCAUUUAUUCCGACUGCGGUUAUGUACCUAUGCAUUUAAUACCAACAUUUAUUAAAAAUAUGUUAAUUGUAGAUUACAACUAUUAUGUGCCCCGGUAUUCACGUGUUUGCCAUCACCAUUUGUAUUCUAAUACUUGGCGUGAAUUACCAGAACAAUCAUCUUCAAUAUCAAGUUUUAGUAUAAAUCAAAUAGAAGAUUUAGUUAAUAUGGCAAAACAAAAAACUGUCACAUUUAAUUUUGAAUGUGUUGAAGAAAUGCCCAACCACAUAUGCCAUUAUUGGACUGGACUGGAAGUGUCUGAAUUCAUUAUUUUAUUUAAUGAGUUACCUUUAGCUAAUCAGGUACCAUCACCAAAAUCUGCUUUGGCUAUCUUUUUAAUUAAAAUGAGGACAGGGGACAGUAACAAGAGAUUGUCUUCAUUAUUUAACAUACCUCGAUCAACUAUGGAGAGGCACAUGAACAUUGUACGCUUAUGUUUUAUGGAACAUUUUGUACCAUUACAUAUUGGAUUGCAGCAUCUUAAUAGAGAAGAUGUCAUAAGAAGAAAUCUGAGUAUUCCAAAUGCUUUGUUUGGCAAUCCAAAUGGCUCUGAUCAAACCAGACCUGCAAUCACAAUAUGUGAUGGCACUUACAUAUAUAUUGAAAAGAGUUCCAAUUAUUUCUAUCAAAAGGAAACUUAUAGUUUACACAAAUAUGUGAACCUCGUUAAACCAUUUCUUUGUGUGUGUACAGACGGGCACAUUAUUGAUGUGAUCGGCCCUUAUGCUGCCACUCAAACCGAUGCAGAAAUAAUGAAAGAUUAAUUUACUGAUGAAUCUGGACCCAUGCGAUCAUUUUACAGAGAGGGAGAUGUAUUUAUACUCGACCGAGGAUUCAGAGAUGCGAUCCCACUGUUGGAGGCCUGUAAUUAUAAUGUGCAGAAGCCUGAGUCGUUAAACGAGGGAGAACGACAACUAACAACUAUUCAGGCAAACAAAAGUCGAUUAGUGACAUUAUGUCGAUGGGUAGUGGAAGUAGUCAACGGACGAUUUAAAAGGGACUUUAAAUUAUUUCGCCAGGAUUUUUUAAUAGAGCUCAUGCACAUUUAAUGAGUGAUUUUAAAAUUGCAGCUUCAUUAAUUAACAGAUUUCACCCCACGCUUCAAGAUCGGCCAGAUGCUUCUCUUAUUAUAGAAAGAGCCUUGAGGUAUCAACAUACUCCUAAUUACUUAGCAGAAUUUGUAACAAAUUAUAAUUUAAACAGGCGAUCGGUUAUGUUUAGACGCAUAGACGGCAGGUUUCCUCAAUUAAAUAUAUUUCCCGUAUUUAGUUACUCAGAAUUGAUUAUUUUCGCAUUGGGCCCAUAUCAGGUAAAACAAGCACGAUCAUAUUAUGGCGAACAUGUUCGACAAAAUGGCUUGUAUGAAAUUGAAAUAUGUCCUGAGCUGGAACACUCUGAAGAAAUGGUUGCGGCCGUUGGAGGAAAUAGACCUUAUUUAUUAAGGGGUCGAAUCCAGUCGCGCCAUGUUGGUCGGCGUAAAUAUUUUACGUAUAUUUUAAUUGACACUCAGCCCUCGAGUAGUAAUUGCUUAGAUGCAAUAUUAGGUUACUGUUGCAACUGUCUCGUGGGUAACAGAACAGUGGGAUGCUGUUGCCACGUUAUGGCCAUAAUAUGGUAUUUGGGUUGGGCUAGACACCAAGACAAUAUAUCGCCGCCAGCAUCAUUCUUAGACAAUAUAUUACUUGUAAUUGAAGAAUAAAACAUUUAACACUUA